AUGACCAUGGAGAGCUGCCCACUGGAGCUGCCCCCCGUGGUUAAAGUAACUAUUACAUGCUACUACAGUGGCCACUAAGGUUACAUAUUAAACUGGUGUGACAACUCACUCACUCUCAGGCAGAGAAAGGUGUCAAAUACAUCCAAGGCAUGCUCAUCUGUUGCAGUUGCAUUUUACAAUGGGGGAUUUGAAGGACAGUAAUAGCAUAGACGACCGAGUUCUAUCGGCCGUUCCCCGUAGAGAGGAGGACGUUAAAGUUGUAUUUCACAAAGUUGGCGAUAACGACGACGAUGGAGACACUACUGAGAGGAUUAAUUUACAAAGUAACAGUCAUGAUGAGCUGGGGAAUGAGGAGGCAAGGACUAGAACAGUGGAAAGCAGUGCGAAGCAAAGAUUAUGUCCUCCCUCGUGUUGUAGAAUUGGCGGCGGCGGGGAUCCCAUCUCAACGGACGCAGGAGACACAGUUGCCAAAGGUAGCCUUCAAACUAAAACUAGAGAUAAUUUAUAUAAUUUAGCUAGCUAUCUUUAAAGAUCUACCAACGUAACCACUUGAACACACUUAUUUGUGGUUUAUUAAUACAGUCCAUUAUAUGACUGGAUCUGCUUCCAUAAUAUAAUAUAAUAUAAUAUAAUAUGCCAUUUAGCAGAUCUAGGAAAAGUUGUAUGACCUUUGAGGUACAUGAGAAAUUAUAACCAGCGGAGUAGCCAAUGACAACAUCCAUAGCAGCACAUUAUGUAACGGACGUAAUCGCGGUUCUCAAAUUACUGUACUGGUAAUAAAUAUUGCCUCACAAACUCUUUCAGAUUAAACUAGCUAAUAGCCUAUAUUGCAACAUUGUGGCCGCUUCACCCCCACUUUCAUCAGUCUGAUUAUGAAUUAUUGAAUGGCAAUCCGGUUAAACAUUUUCAUCAUCUUUAAAAGGGGAUGACGAGGCAUUUUCCCACCAGGAAAAAUUAUAAUAUGUAGCUCUAACUGCUAAUUAUUUUAAAAUUAUGUUAAACUCACGUCUAAUUUAAAAGGGCAGGGAGGGGUCUCCAACCUUUUCUAUCAUUUUCUAUCACCUUUUGUACUGAAAACAAAGUGUUGCGAGCUAUUUACAUUAUAUAUAUAUAUAUAUAUAUAUAUAUAUAUAUAUAUAUUCAUAUAUAUAUAUAUAUAACUUUCAAAUAGAAACAUUAUUGUCUUCUCCUCUACCCUGCAACUCUUCCCCGGGUACUUGGUGUAGGCAACCAGAGGUGCUUUCUGUUAUACCUGGUAAGAUACACUGAGUGUACAAAACAUUAUGGACACCUGCUCUUUCCAUGACAGACAGACCAGGUGAAUCCAGGUGAAAGCUAUGAUCACUUAUUGAUGUCACUUGUUAAAUCCACUUCAAUCUGUGUAGAUGAAGGGGAGGAGACAGGUUAAAGCAGCAUUUUUAAAAAUCUUCAAGCUCUGUCAAAUUGGUUGUUGAUGCCAAGAGUGUGCAAAGCUGUCAUCAAGGCGGCAGGUAGCUUUCUACAAUGUAGAAAAUAGUAAAAAAUAAAGAAAAACCCUGGAAUGAUUAGGUGUGUCCAAACUUUUGACUGGUACUGUAUGUAAAUCACUUAUUACUGCCACGCACAGAUCGGAAGUCUACAACAGUUCAAUACAUUGGUGGUGCCGAAGAGGCAUUUUUUCGGUUGCUUGUACAUUUUAAUUUAGACCUUUUUUGGAUGUACAUACUGGCCGUAACGGGAGUAAAUGAAGAUAGUUGCUCAGCGAAAGUCCGUAUUUGGUGAGUAAUGAACGUAUUUUGACAUACCGCUUGCAGAGCUGGGGAAUGGGAGUUUGAAUCUGAGCAUCCUGGGCGUUAGAGAGGUCUCUAAGACAGAGACACUGGGGCAACUGAACUGGCUUCAUACAAAAUAGCCAGCUAUACAGCCUAGAUUGACAAAAGCGCGCACCAAACAGACAGGAAAUUAAUUGGCAGAUUGUGUUACUUUUGGCUUUUUAAGCCAAUAGUGGCUAACCAGGGAUAUUGUCAAUGUGGCUUUGAUUGGAUAGUAGCCGGGAGCUUUAUAUUUAUGACAGUUUGUGAUGGAACACAUGAAAAAAAUUCAUGUACUUUCAGAAUAGAUUGGAGAGCUACUGAUAGGUGCACUGCAAGCUACGGGUAGCUCGCAAUCUACCUGUUGGAGACCCCUGAUUUAAGGUAUGAGUACAAAAUGGGAAAGAAUGAGCACCUACAGUACCCCACAGGGUGUAAAUCAAACUCACCAGGAAGUCCAACAAUGGUGUUGUCUGUUCUCAGAUGAGUAAUAUACUUCUGCAUCCUUCCAAACUGUUUUCCAUAUGGCUAGUCAGUACAGGCUAAAAUGUCCCCUUAUUCUUCCUGUUCAAUUUGAGUCUCCCUCCAGUUAGGGGACAUUGGUUCAUUGCCCUCUUUCUAUGUUGGCAAUAAACAUGAGUACUCAGUAGGUACAGUGUGUGACAGGCCAACUCCCAGGUAGAUAUAUAUCUAAUAAUAUUCAACACCUGAAAUCACCCUGCAGCUUUGAAUUUGUCAAAAAAGUUGCCAGUAACUGUAAGCUUUAGCAGGGAUUCCCUUCAACAAAGUGGCUUUUGAUAUCACAUUUAAAAACUGUACCUCUUCCCCCUCCCAUUUCGCCAUUUCAGACAAAUAUUCAAUGACUUCACUCUUAGUAGGUUAAUGUUCAGUUCCAUUCAAGCUAUUUUAACCAGUUCAUGUGUCCUCCUCCCUAUGUCCUCAGAGAAGAAGCGUUGUCCAGGACUGGGCCUGUUUUAUGGCCUGCUGGCAACAGUAUUCUUCUCCGUUAUAGCUCUUCUGGUGAAGACAAUAGAUGGAGUCCAUGCUGUAGAAAUCAGUGCCAUUCGCUGCUUCUUCCAGAUGCUGUUUGUGAUGCCUAUGCUGAUCUAUUACAAGUAAGUUAUUACAAAACUGUAUUUAUACUAUAUUGGACCACUUGACCCCUUGAACCUUGAUAAUCCCAUACAAAUAUUUAACCUAUCCAUUUUCUGUUUUUCAGGACUGGCUUCCUUGGACCAAGAGACAAGCGGAUCUAUUUGGUGAUGAGAGGGUUCUUGGGUUCCAACGCCAUGAUCCUAUUGUUUUAUGCAGUGCAGCAGAUGCCCCUGGCUGAUGCAACAGUCAUCAUGUUCAGCAACCCAGUGUUCACCGCCUUGUUAGCCUGGAUCUUCCUCAAAGAGAAAUGCACUAUCUGGGACUGUAUCUUCACUGUCUUCACCCUGGCCGGUGUCAUAAUGAUAGCCAGGCCUCCCUUCAUAUUUGGUGCUCGUAUAGAGGGAAUAGAGGGAGACUACACCAAUCAUCUCAAGGGGACUAUUGCAGCCUUCGGUGGAGCGAUAGGACCAGCCUGCACUUUCGUUAUACUCAGGAAAAUGGGCAAAAGUGUCCACUACUAUAUGUCUGUGUGGUACUAUGCAGUCAUUGGUUUAAUUGAGUGUGUCAUCACUUUGUUUAUACUUGGUGAAUGGACCAUUCCAUUCUGUGGGAGAGACAGGUGGAUCCUUAUGCUGAUAGCAAUCCUGGGUAUUGCUGGCCAAACUUUCCUCACCAAAGCUCUUCAGAUCGAGAAGGCCGGCCCUGUGGCCUUGACGAGGACCAUUGAUGUGGUCCUGGCUUUUAUUUUCCAGUUCUUUUUUUUCAACCGUAAGCCCACCAUGUGGAGUCUCGGUGGGGCAUGUUGUGUGGUCGUCAGUACCUGUGGUGUGGCUCUAAGGAAGUGGUACAGCAACACACACCCAAGAAAGAGCCGUGAACAGACAAAUAUUUUUUUCCAGGAAUAA